AUGGCUUCAGCGCAAUCUUCCAUCUUGCAGCAGAAGCUGGCUCUUGUCAUGGACAACAAGCUGAGCGUCCUUGUUGGCGUCCUUAUCGUGUAUCUUGUGUCAAAGGUUGUGUACGCCGUGUUCUUGUCGCCAACAAGGCACAUACCUGGCUCCUUGUUAGACAAGACCAUUGGCAUAAGGUUCGCCCUGACCAUGCUCAGGUCAAACAAGAUGUACUUCGCGGCCGAGCAGAACCGCCGAUACGGCCCGCUCGUCGAAAUUUCACCAGGUGUCAUGUCCUGCAACAGCACCACCGCCGUCAAGACCGUGUACAGCUCGCACAAAUGGCGUAAAUCCCACUUCUACAGCGACUUUGCCGACUUCAACGGCGUCUCCUCGCUCUUCUCCGAGACCAAGCCCGAGCGCGCCCAGAUCCUGCGCCGGGCCUUCCUUCCCGCCUUCUCGCGUGCGAAUCUCUGCGGCAUGGCGCCUAACAUCUUCAGCCACAUCUACAAGUUCCUGGCCAAGCUGGACGAGUUUGAGAGGGCCGGCAAGCCCUUGGAGGCGUACAAGUGGACGCGGUACCUCACGUUCGAGGUUGUCACCGACGUUGGGUUCGGAGGCGAGUAUGACAUGAUCUCGUCCGGCGAGCUCAACCACCCGUUCGUUAAGGAUUUUGACGACAGCAGCUCGUGGGGCCUCGUCAAGACUGUGUUUCCGUUCGCCAGCAAGCUCCCGGGCUGGGCAAUAGGUAAGAGGUUGGCCAACUGGCGCGCCGCCGAAAACCGCACCUUGAAACACGCGCAGGGUGGUCUGGCCCAGUGGCGGCACCACAAGCAGAUUGGCAAGACCGCGAACCGCGUCGACAUCUUGCAACGUCUCAUCGAGCACGGCGAGAAGAACCCAAAGGAGAAGUUGUCGGAGCAGGAGCUCGAGACCGAGAUCAUGGAGAUCAUGCUCGCGGGCGGCGACACAACCGCCACGACCGUCACCUACGGCCUUUACGAGCUGGCCAAGAACCGGCCGGUGCAGGAGAAGCUGCGGGCGGCCCUGCGCACCGAGAUGCCCGACCCGGCCGACGUGACGAUCGAGCACCUCGAGGCGGUACCCUACCUCGACUGGACGGUCAAGGAGAUGCUGCGAACGCACCCGACGCUGCCCUCGCUGCUCGAGCGUGUCGUCCCUCCCGAGGGCGCCCAGAUCGCAGGCUACCACGUCCCUGGUGGGAGCAUCAUUGCGAUGAGCGCAUGGUCGAUGAACAAGUCGCCCGAGGUGUUCCCUGACCCUCUGGCCUUCCAGCCCGAGAGGUGGGAGAAACCGACGCCGGAAAUGACUGCCAACAUGCUCACUUUCUCCACGGGCCCGCGCGCCUGUGUCGGUCAGAAGUAA